AUGGCGGGGCAGGAGACGCAGUCGGGGAUCUCCAUGCACUAUCUGGAGUCCAUCGCCCGCGUGUCGCCCUACAUGACUAUUGCAGAACUGGUUGCAUUACUUCAUGAGAACGACGCCGCCGAUCCUCACAACGGCGCCACAUCAAGCACAGAGUCGCUCAGCUUGACGAGAGCCUCCGAUGGUCCACAUGGAGAGGCUCUUGACGUUCGGUCGGCGGCCGUGGACUCGAGUGCUGCAUCGGUUCAGAGCGCUCCCCCAACGUCUCAACCUCCAACAGAUGCCCCAGCGGCCAACACCCAGGGUCUUUCGCAAUUAGUUCCCCAAGGCGUCUCGUCAUUCGAGGCGCAAGAUACCUCAAUAUUGAGUGCCACGCAGCAAUUCGAUCAGCAAACCGACAGUGGCCAUCAAGACAGUGUGCAGUCCGUUUCGAUUCCACCGUCAUCAACCACGACACCACAGUUGGCUCUCGAUGAUGCGAAUGGCGGCACCGAUGUCUCAAACCCCGGGUUCCAAGCAGGAUUGACAAACAACCUCACGCCAACUGCAUCUCAGCCAACGCCUCUGAACCAGGCACUGGGUCUCAAUGCAACACCAGGGGUCACGACAACGUCUGUCAGAGUGGGUCGCAACCACGCAACUCUCGAGAUAUGCGGCGAUAAGACUGGAAAGCAGCUCCUUGAGGCCAACAGCGGUAUCGACACGAAGCAGAUUUGCGGUGCUCGAGCUCUUCUCGUUGGGCUCGCCGGUAUUCCCUUCACCAAAGUCGCAGGAAUGCUUAAUGCAAAACGUGAAGGCGAGCAACUACAAGAUGGAAAGCUCAUGUCCACGAAGGCUUUCGAUAAACGCGUCGAACAUGCCAUCAGGCACAUCUUCGGCGUGCCCAAGGGAGCUGCUUACAAAGCGCGCCGCAACGAGUACUCAGACGCUCAAAAGGACCCUGUCCUUCGACAGAAGUACAUCGACAUGCUGAAGGAUCCGGCAACCUACCAAAUCAAUCCGACUGAGCAGUGUGAAGGCUGCAACAAGAAUCAGGCGACCCAAGAUGCAACACAAGACCCACAACAUGUCUCUCAGGCGGCUGCAGCCGGUCUCACGCCUGUUUCCAACCCGUCUAUGGCACCAAAUGUCCCAAAUACCAAUGCGGCAGGUCUCAACACCAUUUCGAGCGUGCCUGGUCAGAGUGGCCCCGCGGCGAAAGCUCCGCGUCGCAAGCGAAAAGCAGCUGCCUCUGAUUUGCACAAUGGCGAAGACAGCACCAAGAGAUGGCAAGGCGAGCCUCAAACAGGAUACCCGCAAGCACAAUCCACUUACGGGCACUCGUUCUUUCAAGAUGCUACUACAUCAUCUCAACCAGCUUACCCUCAAGCACCAUUAACUCAAGGGUAUUCGUUCAUUCAAGGUGAUCAAUCAACUUACCAGAGUGCCACAACUGGUCCUUCCAAUCUCCCGGCAUUCCCAGCACACCAGGCCCAAGUCAUGGCGCCCAUCGCCCAAUUCAACGCCGAGCACAGCGACAGAGCAUCACGCUACGGCAACGCACCUCAGCAGAGCACAUACAUCCCUUCAAGUCCGCCGUUAGGACCAUACACGCCCCAGGACAACGUGGGAAGCUUCGAUAGCGAGGGCAACUUCGAUCUGAACCUGUUUACCAACGCACCAAACAGCGACAUGGGCUUCGCCACAUCUGAGUUCGGCAAUCUGAGCAACGUGAACUUGAGCGGAUUCACUUCUGACGCUUUUAACGGCUUUGACCAAGACCGAUUUUUCUUCAGUGAGGCCAACCCAACUUUUGGCGGCGUUCAACAGCCCAACAUGAGUGACUUCUUCCCGCAGUACAACGAGCCGAGCUCAGCUGUUGGACAGUACAAUCCACCAGCUAGUCACCUGUACAACGAGCGAAGCUCAGCUCUUGGGCAGCACGAUCCACCAGCUGAUGAGCAGGCCAAUGCGCCGAGCUCAGCUCACGGGCAGUACGACGCGUCAGCUGAUGACCAGGGCAGUGAUGGAGGAGACCAAGACUCUUCUGAGCACGGUCACGAGCAGAAUUAG